AUGUCGUCCCAGCAGAUGCAGGCGGUGAAUGCGGACGCUGGCACGGCUGACGCCAACGCCACGACGCAGUACGCAGACGGAGGGCCAGUUUACUACGGCGUGCCCGCCACGCAGGUCUUCAGCGUUGACGUGGAGUGCGUGGCCACCGGCAUCACACACAACGACCGCGCCAUCGGCCAGAUAUCGCUCGUCGACCAGAACGAGUACGUCAGGCUCAACCUCUACGUCAAGCAGGACCGCCCCGUCACGUCCUACCUCACCGAACUCACCGGUCUGACCCGGAAAGUCAUCGAGACAUACGGGAUAUCCCUGGAGGAAGCGCUGGCGCAGCUGCGCCAGGAGCUGCCGAAGGACGCAGUGCUAGUGGGCUGGGGCAUCAUGCAGGACGUCAAGUGGCUGGGGCUGAAGGAGGGGCAGGACUUCAAGUCCAUGAUGGACCUCCAGGGGCUGUACAGGGUCUGGAAUCCCCAGUACGGGUCGUACACGCUGUUCAGCCAAGACCACGCCGCGCAGCACCUCCUCGGGUGGCCGGGCAACCAGGCGCACGACGCCGUGGGCGACGCCGUCAAGUCGAUCCGUCUCUACAACUGUUACAAGUACUUCGAGAGCAACCCGGACGAGUGGGAGGCCGCGCAGGCGGUGCUCCUGCAGCGCGAGCCGCACCCGUCGUUCGCCAAGCAGCACCCGACGUACGAGGGGGUGUGUAUGGGCAACAGGAAGACGUGCAAGUGCGGGGCGCCGUUCUUCACGUGA